AACCUAGCCAAAAAGCCGAAACGGCAGCCAUUUUCCAAAAUGGCCGCCAUAAACCUGAUAUUUCGCAAUAUCUCCGCUUCUAAAUGACUUAGGGCUUUGAUUUUCAGUGCUAAAUAUACAUUUUCUGGGCCCAGGAAUCCUUUGAAACACAUUUCAAUGAGCUAAACCUGAUCAAAAAGCAUUAUUCUGAGGAUGUGUCAACUAUAUACCAUGGCAUGCCGUAUGCCUGAUGGACAACGAACAUGUAUAGGUCAUAAUUAUUCAAGGAAAAUAUCUUGGAAUCCUGUGACGAAAGGAAGGAUGCCUGGGCAGGAACAGUCAAAGCCCGUGUCCUCCAUGUGCAUGACCUUCAUGCUGCAGAUGCAGUGUACCACCAGGUCUGCAGUGUCUGCAGCAAUCAUCCCCAUGCCAUGGAAUGUGUUGUUACCAUCAAGGGUACGGAUGUUGUGGUCUACAUUGUCUGCAGCAUACUGGACAAACUCCGAACUGAAAUCAGGUAUGUCUGUUCCAUGAGACAUCACAGCAUUAUGCUGUGAUGUCUCAUGGAACAGACAUACCUGAUUUCAGUUCGGAGUUUGUCCAGUAUGCUGCAGACAAUGUAGACCACAACAUCCGUACCCUUGAUGGUAACAACACAUUCCAUGGCAUGGGGAUGAUUGCUGCCAUAACCCCAGCCACCAAGACCAGCAGACCUACCCUCAGGGCGCAGGUCACCUCCAGCGAUAUCUCCACGGUGGGACGAGUUGCUAUCCAUUACCACAAAGAAGAGAGCAGCGGUACGACAACACUGGCAUACCAGAAGGUGGUCAACAUGAAGGCAAAAGGACCCAACAGCAGAACUUGAUCUCCUGUGGAAGACAUCUGUUAUGUUCACC